AUGGAAUCGCCUGGAUCGCCCCUCUCAGAGCUGUCCUCCGACGAGUUCCAGGAGGAGGUCAAGACUGAGGACCGCUCCUUGAGCGUCGACACGUACAACGACGCCGACCACGAUAGCACGCGCCCGUCGAAGCGCCAGCGCACCGGCGCCGGGCCCUCGUCUGGUCUCGCAAACUUCCGUGGCGCAACUCCCGAAGCACCGCAGCCUGACGCCGACGCCGACAUCUAUAUUUCCGAGGACACGGACGGCAGCGUGCCAGCCUCGCCGCACCAUGGCUACAGUGGCGGCGGCGGCGGCGGGCUGCAAGAGGAAGAGAGCUUCGGCCAAGAGCAAGUCACUGUCUGCAAGUGGGAAGGAUGCGAGGCCGGCGACCUAGGAAACAUGGACAAGCUGGUCGAUCACUUGCACGAUGAUCACAUCGGCACCCGCCAGAAGAAGUACUCGUGCGAGUGGACAGACUGCGCGCGCAAAGGCAUUCCACAUGCCAGUGGCUACGCCCUGAGGGCCCACAUGCGCAGCCAUACCAGGGAAAAGCCCUUCUACUGCACUUUGCCAGAAUGCGAUCGUGCUUUUACGCGAUCCGACGCUUUGGCAAAGCAUAUGCGUACCGUGCACGAAACGGAAGCGCUACGGCCCUCGGACCCUGUUCCCAAGCACCACUCCUCUAACCCGUCGAACAAGAAUCAGCGGCUGCGGCUGGUCUUCAAGAACAAUGGCACCGACAAGCCCGGCUCGCCGAUGCCCGCAUCACCGCACUCUCAAGGCGCGGGCCAACAGCAGCCGCCACCGCCCGUCGAGAACGAGUACGAGCACAACAACGUCAUCUACCGGCCCCUCGACCCCACCAUCCCGCACAGUCCGCUCACCCGCAAGUUCCCGCAUGACAUACAAUUCACGAAGGAGGAGAUGAGCUUGUCAGCGCCGGAUCUGCUGCGACUGCUGACCCGACAGAUACAGUGGGCCACGGCGGAAGGCGAGGAGCUGAAGGCCGAGGUCGAUGCGCUGGAGAAGGCUCGUAAAGACGAGUGGAUGGCGAAGGAGCUGACGCUUGAGAACGUCAUGGAGGCUGAAUUCGGCCGCAUGGAGCGUGUCGACCCCCUGUUGAACGAGGAUAGUGCCAGCGCAACCGUCUUCCGCGAGAUGUUGAGGGAAGACAUCAAGGUCGGCAAGACAUUAGACGUGCAGCCCAAGCCCAACUGGCGAGAUAUCGUUCCAGUGCAGAAGACGAGGGAAAAGGAGGGGCUCGAGGCUGCGGGCGAACUGACGGGCAUGGCGGGUGCUCACAGGUUCGAUGCCGCUGGUGACCCAGUUGUAGAACGGAGGCCGGAAAACCUGGGCAUAGGCGUUGGCGGUGGCCCGUGA